AUGGUGCGCGUGCGGCCCCCUGCCCCCUGUGAGCGAGAGCGGCCCGUGCACCCCAUCCUGCACGUCGUUGACCAGCACAUCCUCAUCUUCAACCCUGAGGAGCCCGGCGGGCCCCCCGGCAGCAUGCUGCCCGCCCGCGGGCCCAAGCACCAGGGCAAGGACCUGAAGUUUGUCUUUGACUGGGUUUUUGGGGAGGGGGCCACGCAGGAGGAGGUGUUCCAGCACACCACCUGCGAGGUGUUGGACAGCGUCCUCAAUGGCUACAACUGCUCUGUGUUUGCCUACGGUGCGACGGGAGCAGGAAAGACCUACACCAUGCUGGGCUCGGAGACAAACCCCGGCAUCAUGUACCUCACCAUGGUGGAGCUGUACAAGAGGAUCGAGGCCAGAAAAGAGGAGAAGAGCUGCGAGGUGCUUGUCUCCUACCAGGAGGUGUACAAUGAACAGAUUCACGACUUGCUGGAGCCCAAGGGCCCUCUGGCCAUCCGGGAGGAUCCCGAGAAAGGAGUCGUGGUUCAGGGUCUCUCCUUCCACCAGCCCGUGUCGGCAGAGCAGCUCCUGGAGAUGUUGGCCAACGGCAACAAAAACCGGACGCAGCAUCCUACUGAUGCCAACGCCACCUCCUCCCGCUCACACGCCGUCUUCCAGAUCUACGUGAAGCAGCAGGACCGCGUUGGCGGCCUCACUGGCCAUCUGCAAGUGGCCAAGAUGAGCUUGAUUGACCUGGCAGGCUCAGAGCGAGCUUCGGUCACCAACACCAAGGGAGAGCGGCUCCGGGAGGGUGCCAACAUCAACCGCUCGCUGCUGGCCCUCAUCAACGUCAUCAAUGCGCUGGCUGACACAAAGACCAAGAAAACCCACAUCCCGUACCGGGACAGCAAGCUCACGCGCUUGCUGAAGGACUCCAUUGGCGGCAACUGCCGCACCAUUAUGAUCGCUGCUGUAAGUCCCUCCAUGCUGGCCUACGAGGACACCUACAACACGCUCAAGUAUGCGAACCGAGCCAAGGAGAUCAAGCUGUCGCUGAAGAGCAACGUGCUCAGCUUGGACUGCCACAUUAACAAAUACGCUGUGAUCUGCGAGCAGCUGAAGGCGGAGGUGGCGGAUCUGCGGGCGAAGCUCCGUGCCUAUGAGGAUGCUGGCCGGGAGGCAGAGAACCAGGCACCGGCGCUGCUGGCUCCCCUCGGCUCGAGCUCAGUGGGGCUGCCCAGGUUGGAGGAAGCUGUCCCAAAGACAUGCUCAGCCUUGGUUGAUCACAGGGAGAGUCAUGGAGAGCAGCAGGAGCGGGAAGCUGGAUGGCCUGCUCAGCUGCAGCUGGAAUCAGCGGAGGAGGCUCCAGAGGAAAUGCCUCCCAGCAGCCCCAGAGCAACCCACCAGACAGAUCUCCAGCUGGAAUUGAAGAAACCAAGCUGCCUUCUACAGGGGUUGUCUGGCAGCCAGCCGGAGUCCCUCCUAGCCGCCAUCCUCAGCGUUGCCCGAAAGCAGCAUUCCCUCCUGAAGGCUGCUAACCUCCUUACUCCUGACAUGGUCUCUGAAUUUGAGGAACUGGAGCACCUGGUCCAUCAGGAGGCUGGUGUAAGCCUGGAGCAAGCCGCGUCUCCGAAGAGACACGCGAAGGUCAGCGGGGCCACCCCAGCCCGGAGGAUGCAGCAGCGCUGUGACG